AUGGAGAACACACGUUCAACAGCAGUGCCUGCUGCACAGCAGAUCAAAUAUCAUUUCUUGGCCGUUCUGCCCGCCGGGACGCUCUUCGGCGCCACUGUCGCUAUGAGGCUACCGCAGUACCCUUAUCGUGAUGUUGUAGCACGUCUUGGUCGCGUUGCGAUCUUUGUUGCUCUGGGUUGCGCAAUCUCUCGAUCCCGUUUUUUCACUGAAAACCCACCAUCAUUGAACGACUUAUCAAUAGUACUCCGGGAAUAUAUUUUUGUGAUGGCGGUGGCAGUGUCUGUGGUCGCCAUGAUGGCACCUGGCAUAGAUAAGUCCAGACAACUGUCUGACAGCAUCGUUGGUGAAGAGAUGAUUCUUCCACCAGAGCCACGGAAUGCGCGGUACAAGCCAAGCACAAAACAAUCAUGGGACCUAGCCUCUUCCAGAAGCCAUUUGGAUCUUCUCUCGAACCUAGGUUCGCUGGACCUCAAAUUCAUGUCAGGACCCAAAUCCCACUACUCGGACCAUUCAGGUAGCGGAGAGUCUGCAGUCACGCUCUCCUCCGGCCUCAGGCGCGACCCGAGUAAGAUCAUGGAAAUCAUUCAAUGGGCCACGGCUGCAGCUCCGCCCACAUUCGGAAGAAAAGGAGACUCAACAUCAACCGAAACCGUACUGCAUGAGAUUUCAGCCUAG